GUUGCGACUCUUGCUUGUUGGUACAAUUCAUCGAUGAUCACACCGGCCUCUCAUCAACAUAGCAUGAUGGGCAUUGCCCGCGCUAUGAAUGACCGAAUCCAACUUAAUCACCUGAUCAAUGCCUCCUCGGAAGAGAGCCUCAAAUUCCCGCACCCCUACACGUCCAACUCGUCGCUCUGCGCGUCAACGAGCAACAGUCGACAAUGAUGUCGCAAGCAUCUACGGAGAUAUGCUCGCCGAAGCGGUGGCAGAGGAACGGGCUCACCCUCCCACCCCAAGGUCUUCGAAGCGACGCAAGUUGAGUGAGGAGCCAGCUGGGGAUAUUCAACUGGAUGUCGAACUGUUUGGUUCAUCACAAUUCGAGCCAUUAAUAGACUUGGAUAAUGGUGCGCCAAUCACUGGCGAACCAGCAGAAGCACCAAGACCGCAACAAGUCGUCUACGAUGAUUUUGAAGAAUCAGACGAAUCAGACGUUGAGUUCGAGGAAGUCGACCUGGAGCCCUCCCUACACAACCAAGACGACUCUCAAACCACAGACCAAACACCGCUCCAACUAGACCUGUCAACCAAACCUGCAGACUCCUCCAGACAUGGCGUCCAACGGCGAAAACCGGUGGGUCCAGCAGAGCGUAAGCGAAGGCUAGAAGUCCACAAGGCUCAUCUCAUAUGCCUUCUGGCACAUCUCAGCGCUCGCAACCGGUGGUGUGAGAGUGAUGCUGUACAGAGUAUCUUGAAACCACUGAUUCCUCGGAAACUCGUCUCGCUGUUUCACGUUGACGAAUCGAAGCCGCAGUUUCAAAGAUCCCACUCCUUUAACAAAGGCCUAGAAGAGAUUUGCUUGCUCUGGAGGACAUCAUGGACCAUCUCUGCCCGAGGUAUGUGCAGGGCCCAUUGGAAAGAAGAUGUAGAUGCACUCAAAGAAAGUGAAAAUGCCGAAGACUUGAUCGAUUUUGACGAUUUCAAAUCUGCCGCCCAUUCCAAGACGGGAUCCCGGGAUUUGGGGGCUCAGCUUCUCUGUGCUUUACUUCGAUCUAUCGCAGUGGACGCCCGACUCGUCUGCUCACUGCAAGUAUUACCCUUUUCCGGCGUUGCUAAAGGUCAGACACCCGAGAAGCCAAAACCGAAGUAUCACUUUGCGCCAACUCAAAACUACGACUCCGCCUUCAGUCGACCACAAAGGCCAGCGCCUUCUAAGAAAAGAAUCAUUGAAUCUCCCUUUCCAAUUUUUUGGGUGGAAGUAUUUUCGCCUUCGACUUCGAACUGGAUCCCAAUCGAUCCGCUCGUUCGAAAUACCAUCAACAAACCUAAGACUGGGUUUGAACCACCGGCGUCCGAUGGCCUCAAUUCCAUGACUUAUGUCAUUGCUUUUGAAGACGACGGCUCUGCCAAAGACGUGACAAGACGUUAUACCCAAUGGUUUAAUGCAAAAACACGCAAACAACGAGUUGAAUCCACGAAAAAUGGACAAACAUGGUGGAACCAGACCAUGACGGUCUUUGAAAAAACAUUCAGCGAAGCACGCGAUGAUAUAGAAGAUGCAGAAUUGACAAAACGAGCCGAGAAUGAAGCCAUGCCUCGAAACGUCCAGGAUUUUAAGGACCAUCCUGUUUUCGUUUUGGAGCGGCACCUCCGCAUGAAUGAAGUGAUUCAUCCCAAACACGAAGUCGGGAAAGUAACUGCUGGUGUGUCCAAGAAUGCCAAAUUGGAGAGCGUUUUCCGACGUCGGGACGUUCAUCUCUGUCGUAGUGCAGAUGCAUGGUAUCGUCGUGGAAAGGACGUCAAGGAAGGAGAACAACCACUCAAGCGAGUUCUGAGCAAACGAAAAAGAGAUGCAAACGCAACACAACAGCAGCAGCAGAAUAGCUUCGACGACGAUGAAGGUGAUCCUGACUCAGAAGGCACGGCACUUUACGCCGAAUAUCAGACUAGCACCUACGUGCCACCUCCUGUUGUGGACGGCACCAUCCCUCGCAAUGCAUAUGGCAACCUGGAUGUCUAUGUCCCCAGCAUGAUUCCCGCAGGCGGAGUCCACAUCCGACAUCCACUUGCCAUGGAGGCCGCCAAAGUGCUAGGCAUUAACUUUGCAGAAGCCGUCACCGGGUUCGAAUUCAAAGGUCGACAAGGUACAGCGGUGAUUGACGGUGUUGUCGUCAGCGCCGAUAUGUGUGACGCUAUGAUCAACGUGAUUGAGGGGCUGGAGUCGCAAGCAACCGAAGAAUCCGAGCAGGCACGAACUCAAAUCGUCCUGGCAACAUGGAAGAGAUGGUUGACUGCAUUGCGAGUCAGAGAUAAAGUACAGCGUGAAUAUGGAGAUCGAGAAGGAACACCAGAUAUCAAUAAGGGCAUUCAGAAGGAAGAUCAACAGAACGAGGACAAUAACACUUAUUCUAAUGGCGACGCUAGCACCAGCGACAGCGACUAUGAUGAUGGAGGUGGUUUUGUGACCGAGGACGCUGAGCCCGCCGAACGGCACGAAGAACCUCGCGUCGGACUCACCACUGCUCCAAAUCUGAAAGCCUUGCCUGACAUCCUCCCCCCAGAAAUUGUGCAUCGUGAGAUUAUUGUGGUACGGUCGCCUCACAAAGUUUCUCCUCCAACGCCACUUGCGAUCUCUACAACCUCGAAACUAAAAACUAAGACCACCAUGCUAGAUUCAUCAUCCAUGGGUGAUGAUUACAAUGGUGAUGGUGGAGGUGGCUUUUUACUCGAAGACGGGGAUGAGGAAGCAGAGCCUGGCCGUCCACAAUCACAGUUGAUGAACCAGCCGCCGAAGGAACCAAUGUCCAAAACUACAAAAGCGACAACUGAAAUGGAUACAGAGGAAGAAGGGGGAGGAUUCGUUGUCGAAGACGAUGGAAAAGCUGAAGCUGAAGCUGAAGCAGGAGUAGAAUUCCUACUAGAUUCCCAUCCCAUCAAUCUUGAAGCUAACGACGAAGAAGCUGGCGGAUUCAUUGUAGAGGACAACGAGACUGAGGCCACAGAGAGCGUUACAGCUACAAAGACAGAGCAACCGGAGCAACAGUCGCCAGUCCAGUCGCCAGUUGUCAAAGACAAGAACAAGGACAAGGACAAGCUCAAGAUCGAGGAAGAACCUGGACCACCACGACCAGCAACAAAACUCUCCUCACCACCUCAAAGUCAAAGUGCCUCUCCAGGAUCCCCAAACUCACUCCUCUCACACGAUCCUGACGAAGACGAUGCUGAACCUGAGUGGUUGUUGAAUAGUUUGGGAGAAUUAGAGUGAAUUAAG